UCUAGGGUUUUGCUAUCUCCUUUUCACCGCAUUCGAAUCUCACACUCUAUACAGUGUUUUCUCCAUCCCUUUCGAUUCCCAAUUCUCUCUCAAUUCUCAAUUGAAAACUGCAAAAGCUUUCUGUUUCAAUUCCACUUUCGACUUACGUUUCCGAUUCUCCAAUCUCGUUGAACCAGUGUUCAAUUUAGGGUUUUCCGAUCCGCAGAACAAGCUAUCUAUCACUCAGUGAAAUCUAGGGUUUUGUUUCGUUCCGUCAAUGCCUCCAAGAACGGUGAAGAGAGGUGCCGCUGCUGGCGGCGGCAAGAGGGGCGGAAGAGGAACCAGGGGAACCCCUAAGGCUGCUCAGAACCAGCAGACCCCUGAACCUGCGGAGGAUAAACCAGUUGUCGUGGAGGAGAACAAGGCGGAAGAGAACCCUGUUGUGGAGGAGAAACCGGUUGUCGAAGAGAAGGUUGUUGCUGAAGAAAGUGCUAUUGAUAUGAACCAAAUUGCUCCAGAGGCUGGAGAAGAAGCAACCCAUGUGCCUAAUGGGUCGCCUGUUGCCAAAAACGAUGAAGAGGAGGUUAAAGAGUCCUUAGAUGUUUACGAAAAAGAUGAACGUCUUGAUUUGGAGGAUAAUGAACCUGAGUCUGACACGGAGGAGUAUGGUGCAGUUGAUUAUGAUGAGAGGGAAAUUGAACAAGAUGAGGCCCAUGUGAUGGGAGAUGAAGUAGAGGAAGAAGCUGAAGAUAAUGUAGGUGAAGAAGAGGUUGAUACAGGUGAGGAAGAAGUUGAAGGUGCUCAUGAACAUGAAGAAAUUGAGGGUGAAGAGGAUGAUGAGCAUCGUGGCGAGGAGCAUGAGCAUGAGCAUGCAGAGUUGGCUGAUGUGGAAGAAGAGGAACACCGUGAAGUUGUGAAGGAGAGAAGAAAGAGGAAAGAAUUUGAAGUAUUUGUUGGGGGUCUUGAUAAGGAUGCAACUGAAAGUGAUCUGAAGAAGGUUUUCAGCGAAGUUGGGGUUGUUACUGAGGUCAGGCUGAUGAUGAAUCCUCAGACUAAAAGGAACAAGGGAUUUGCAUUUUUGCGUUUUGAAACUGUUGAACAAGCAAAGCGAGCUGUAGCAGAGCUGAGAAACCCAGUGAUAAAUGGCAAACAAUGCGGUGUUACUCCAAGUCAGGACAGUGAUACCCUCUAUUUGGGAAAUGUAUGCAAGACAUGGACAAAAGAAGCUUUAAAGGAGAAGUUGAAACAUUAUGGAGUUACAAAUGUUGAGGAUGUGACUGUGGUAGAAGAUAGUAAUGAUGAAGGAAAGAAUCGUGGAUUUGCUUUCUUAGAAUUUUCCUCCCGUUCAGAGGCUAUGGAUGCCUUUAAGCGACUGCAAAAGAGGGAUGUUGUGUUUGGAGUUGAUAAGCCAGUGAAGGUUUCCUUCGCAGAUUCCUUUAUUGAUCCGGGUGAUGAAAUUAUGUCACAGGUUAAAACUGUAUUUAUUGAUGCACUGCCUCCUUCAUGGGAUGAGGAUUUUGUCCGUGAUCUUCUUAAGAAAUAUGGGGAGAUUGAAAAGAUUGAGCUCGCCAGGAACAUGCCAGCUGCUCGCAGGAAAGAUUAUGGAUUUAUUACCUUUGGCACACAUGAUGCUGCUGUAAGAUGCGCUGAAAGCAUUACUGGUACAGAACUGGGUGAAGGUGACAAGAAGGCAAAAGUAAGGGCUAGGCUUUCGAGACCCCUUCAAAGAGGCCGUGGAAACAUUCGUGGGGACUAUCGAUCUAGUCGCGGAUCUGGAAUGAUGGCAAGGCCUUCAUGGAGCCGACCUGCACCACGUAGUUUUCCAUCCCGUGGGGUCAGAGGAAUUGUAAGUCGUGUUCCGCCAGUCAGGCCUGUUAGUGCGAGGGAUAGACGCCCUGUCAUGUCCGUGCCAGUAAGAAGUAGGCCGCUGGCACCUCCAGCUAGAGCUUAUGAUAGGAGACUGGCUCCUGCUUAUCCAAAAAGUAGCUUAAAGAGAGAUUAUGGUCGGCAUGAGGAUCUUCCACCUCCAAGAAGUAGAGCUGCUGCUGAUUAUGGCUCAAGGUUGUCCUCUGAAAGACGCCAAUCCUACAGGGAUUAUCCACCCCGUGAUCCUAGCUACUCAGAGCUCCCUAGAAGUGCUUCUCGUGCUGCUCCUAGGAGAGGUUAUGUGGAUGAUGGCUAUAGCCAAAGAUUUGAGAGGCCUCCUCCUCCACCUCCUCCCCAUCUUAGCUAUCGUGAAGUACGCCCCCGUGAUUAUGAUGCUAUGUCUGGGUCAAAACGUUCUUAUGCUGCUAUGGAUGAUGUUCCCCCACGGUACGCGAAUACGGGUGUUCGCCAGUCAAGAGCUCGAUUGGAAUAUGACUAUGGUGGUAGUGCUUCGCAGUAUGGAGAUGCUUAUGUUGAUAGACUUGGAAGGUCCAGCGGGGGAUAUGGUGGUGGCAGCAGAAGUUCUAUUUCUGGUCAAGAUUCACAUGGGAUGUAUAGCAGUCGACAGGGCAUGAGUUAUGGUGGAGGCUCUUUUGGUGGUGGUGAUGUUGGUGGUAUGUACUCAUCAAGUUAUGGUGGUGAUUACAACUCUCGUGGAAGUGAUGUUGGUGGCAGCUCGUAUUCAUCAAUGUAUUCUGGCAGGGGCGUGGGUGGUGGUGGUAGCAGUUACAUGGGUGGUGGUGGAGGAUCGGGAUCUUAUUAUUGAGAGAAUCUCUACCCUCGAAAUGGCAUCUUUUAUUUUUCACAAGGGCUGGCGAAGGUUGCACUGUGGUCACCGGUGAAUUUAUCUAUGGACAGAUCUGAUAUAAUGAAGUGGCUGCUAUAGGAUAUCCUUCAAAGCUUAUGCAAGUUAUGAUGCUUACAAUUUGAAGACAAAGGAACUUUGCUCUUUAUAGUCUUUCUUUGGACUCAUAAAAACUAGGUCUUCUCAAUUCAAACUAUCUUCGGUCUUCUCUGGAAGGGAUGUAUUAUCAGUUCUUGAGUUGUGCUGUAUGGACUCAGUUAAAAUGAGAUGGAAAAAGAACUAUUGAGCAGUGAUGUGUAAUUAAACCUUGAUUUAUGAUACUAAACAUUGACGGAUAAUGUGGAAGAUACCACACUGCUCCAUCUUCCUUUUUUUUGGACAGCAACAAAGGAUAGAGCUGCUACUUAUUUGGUUAAGGCUUGAUGGACUUUUUUUACCUGAUGAAUUUGUCAAAAAGUUGGUUCUUUUAUAUGAAUUUCUGAAGAGAUGUUUAGUUACUUUGGACUAUUGUUUUUACUGUGCUGUGAUCAGAAUUGAAGUGAACUAACCAGCAAUUUGUUGAGCUGGUAGGAAUAAGACCGCUUCAGCUAUUAAUAAAGUCGAAAGAUUAGUUUCUUGGGAUUUA